GAGGCUUUUCCCUCUCAAAGGCAAAAAAUGGCGGUUCCUCUCACUUCCUAGGGUUUUAAACAAUCGCGCGUCUGUGCUUCUAACCUCAUCUUCCUCACCUCUCCUCAAUCGGCAGCAGUAUCGGCAAGUUUGUUUAGGCAGGGGAAGAAUGGCAUCGGUUAACCUAACGAGUGGCGCGAUUGCGAAGAUAUCGCAAGGGUUAGGGGACAAACUGCAGCCUGUUCUUCAAGUAGUGGAGAUCCGGCUGGUGAAUACCCAACAGAGCUCGGCGGAGAGGUACCGGAUGCUUCUUUCUGACGGCGUACACCAUCAGCAGGGGAUGCUUGCGACGCAGAUGAAUGGGAUUGUCAAGUCUGGGCAGCUGCAGAAAGGAUCCAUUGUUCAAUUGAGCGAAUUUAUCUGCAACACCAUCCAAAAUCGGAGGAUCAUCAUUAUAAUCAGCUUGCAAGUUUUAGUUGAGAAGGCCGAUAUGAUUGGGGAUCCAAAAAAUUUUGAUUCUGGCAACCCUAUCCCACAAAACCGUGCUGCUGGUUCUGGACAGCCAUCUAGCAUAAACCAACCUGGUAUAUCCAUAGAAAAUGUUCAACAUCAUGGUAGUUCUCGAGCAAAUGGUCCUGAUGCUGGCCAACAUGCCAUUUCAGAUGCUUCAUUUCCCAGACAAGAGUCAGCUGUAAACAAUCAAUCUUAUGGUGGCUCCUUUGCAGGCGGUUCUAUUCCAAUGAGGAACAUGAAUAACACAAAUUCCUUGCACCCUAAAGCUGAAUCUGCUUCUAUGUGUUUUGCAGAAUCAAACCAAAUUGCUAGUAUGCAGCAAAAAAGGUUCCCAGGUCCAUCAAAUGGCGGAUUUCAACCUCCUGGUAGGGUUACGUAUCAGCAACCUCCUCCUAUGUAUGCUAAUAGAGGUCCUAUUUCUAAGAACGAAGCCCCAGCUAGAAUAAUUCCCAUUGCAGCAUUGAAUCCUUAUCAAGGAAAGUGGACGAUCAAAGCUCGGGUGACAGCUAAGGCAGACAUCAGGCACUACAACAAUGCAAGGGGUGAAGGAAAAGUGUUUUCUUUUGAUCUCCUUGACUCCGACGGUGGAGAAAUUCGUGUAACUUGUUUCAACGCGGUAGCCGACCAGUUCUAUGAUCAGAUAGAGGUAGGACGUAUUUACUUGAUCUCCAAAGGUACCUUGAGACCAAUUCAAAAGAGUUUCAACCAUCUCAAUAAUGAAUAUGAAAUCAUGUUGGAGUCCGCUUCAACAAUCCAGCCUUGCUUAGAUGAGGACAUGUCCAUCCCAAGGCAGCAAUUCAACUUUAGAGCCAUUGGAGAAAUUGAGUCCAUGGAAAAUAAUAGUAUGGUUGAUGUGAUUGGUAUAGUCACUUUUAAUCCUGCUGGUACAAUAAUGAGAAAGAAUGGUACUGAAACUCACAAGAGAACCCUUCAGUUGAAGGACAUAAAGAGUGUUGAAAUAACUCUGUGGGGGAAUUUUUGCAACACAGAAGGGCAGAAGAUUCAAGCUAUGUGCGACUCUGGCGUAUUUCCUGUAUUGGCUAUAAAAGCAGGCCGAGUCAGCGAUUUUAGCGGAAAGUCAAUCGGAACCAUUUCCUCUAGCCAGCUUCUUAUAGAUCCUGAUAUCCCCGAGGCAUUCCAGUUAAAGCAAUGGUAUGAUAAUGAGGGAAAGAAUCAUACCGCUCUUUCUAUAUCCAGGGAAGCUGCAGUAACUGGAAGGAUGGAUGUGCGAAAGACAGUUUCACAGAUUAAGGAUGAAGGUCUUGGAAGAUCUGAGAAGCCUGACUGGAUAACUGUGAAGGCCACAGUAUCAUUCAUCAAGGUUGAUAAUUUCUGCUAUACAGCAUGCCCUUUGGUCGUGAGUGAUAGACAGUAGCAAAAGGUCAAUAACUAUAGUGAUGGGACAUGGCAUUGUGAUCGAUGUGAUCAGAGUUUUCCGGAAUGUGACUAUAGAUACCUACUCCAGUUUCAGAUUCAGGACCACACUGGUAUUACGUGGGUCACUGCUUUCCAAGAAUGCGGUGAACAAAUUCUUGGUAUAUCUGCAAAGGAACUGUACUUUCUUAAGUAUGAACACCAGGAUGAGCUGAAGUUUGCUGAGGUUGUGAGGAGGGUUCUCUUCAGUCAAUAUUUAUUCAAAUUGAAGGUAAAAGAGGAAACAUUCAGUGAUGAACAACGUGUGAAGUCGACCUCCAUUAAAGCAGAUAGAGUGAAUCCUGCAUCAGAAAGCAGGUUUCUUUUGGGUAUAAUUGAGAGACUUUCUGGUGAAGACGCCCCCCCAUCCAUGUAUGGAUCCUAUGCUUGUGGAGCUGGAAUGCCUGCUUCUGAAUAUUCUCAUGCUGAACUUAAUCACGGCAGACUAUCUAUGACUGAUUUUGAUCGUUAUAAAAUGGAGACUUCCAGCCAAUAUAUGAAUCAAUAUGGUGGAAUUUCAGGUAAUACUAUGAGUAGAGAAGUCCCAUCUUUCUGUAAUAACUGUGGUUUAUCCGGCCACAAUUUCCAGAACUGUCCCAGGAGCUUGAACAGGGAAGCACAGUCCGUCGGUGGCGGGGGCUUCCCAAACUGGUCUUCCACCUCUGCAAUGGAUGGUGGAAAUUCUUCAAAUGUGUGUUUUAAAUGCAAACAAACUGGCCACUGGGCUAGAGAUUGUCCUGGACAGGGCACCAUAUCUUCAGGUUUUGGGGGCAGAAACAUAUCUUCUUCAUCUGUUGGAGGGCCUCAUUCACAAGCAAUCUAUGGCAAACAAUACGUUGGAGGCUUCUAACUUGCAAAAUCUCAAUAGAAGGCGGAUUGGUUUCAUUUGGCGAAGCUCUGCUGACCAAUGCUGAAGCUCGGUUCGGCUCAAAUUUCAAAAGUGUCUGUAGCCCUUAUACAUUUUACCAUAUUUGCUGCAUAUUUUUUCUUGAUUUGCUAAGUUGCAGGCUUUUCAUUCUCUACUUUGUAUCAUAUUGCAUGAACUCUACCUCGAGUAUUAUAGUCUUCUCUGAUCCUCCUUCACCUUA